CAGUCGGUCCCUACCCGCACCGCUGCGCUCCGCUCCGGAGCGCCGGGAAGGGGCCUCCCCGCCGCGGCAGCGGGAGGAAGUUUGUAAGAUGACUACAAUAACUUCUUCAGGAGGAAAUACAGAAGUGGUCAGUACCAGAAGAACAGAAUCGCAUGAUGUUUCAGAUAUUAUCAGCCUCUUCAGCCAUUCUACAGAGGCAGUUUUUGGAAGGAUUGAUGUCAUGUACCUUUUAGAAAAAUCAAAUCUUGCUUUGACGCUCUGCAGCGAGAAGAAUGAGGUUAUAGCCCAUGCUGUCUUUCUGGACUAUCCAAAUUGGAAUGUCAUUGAUCAGUCUGAUUGGGAAUCAUUCUUACAUGAAAACUACAUUAACAAUAAAUGCACUCCUUUGAACACGUUGUUCAUGCAUCUCUUUGUGGCAAAAGAAGAAUAUGCAGCUGGAUGUUCGCAAGAAAUUGUUAGGAGAGCUUUUAUCGCAGUACCAGAACUGCAGUUUAUACUUCUCUUCAUACCAGCUGAUGAAAAUUUGGAGCCAGACAUGGGAAAUGUCUUUGAAGAGAUGAUGACUGCUCCAGGUUCAGCAGUGGGUACAAACUUUACCUUGCUUAUGUGCCCCAGGCAUUGGUAUCACCCGCAGCUGUACGUUCGCAAAGCAAGGUUGGAGGAUUAUGAUGAUCUCCUGCCAAUCUGGACAUGCCAGAGUGAGACUCUGAAGGAAACCUAUAGUGAAUACUUCCUUGCUGAUCUCAUAGAAUGUCAAGAUGAAGAAAAUCAGGCUGUUGUUUGUGAGGAUGGCGACACUGCAGUAGGAUUCAUGAGCUUAUGCUCUCAAGUAAAUGUUUCCUUGUUUCAAGAGUGUUUUGACUUAGGGCCUUUCCAUGGACUCUGUAAACCACAUCCUGAAGAUAUUCUCAAAAUGCCAGAGAAGCCGAGCAUUCAAGAAGAUGAAGAUAAAAGCAACCAAACAAGCCAAGAAACAGUCUCUGUUUCACCUCAGAACUUUGAACAUAUUCAUGAUCAGGAUGCAGCUGUACAGAAAGAUGGAACCGUUACUGUUUCCCAUACUGAGCUGCCAUUAGAUGAUGUCAGAGGCCAAUCUUUCAAAGCCUCAGCAACACCCCUCCUUGAGACUGAAGAAGAUGCUUUUCGUCCAGUGUACAGAGGAGCUUCAAAUGCUUUCUGUAUCCGUCUGUUUUGUAUUGAUGAGAAGCAUAAAACUAGAUCGCUGGAUUUUUUGCAUUAUGUUUUCAAGCUUUUUCCAGACAAAGACUUCUGUAUCAUCCUCGUGCCACAUCAUGUACCAGAGUUCUACCUGAUCCAGAAUUUUGUUCGAGCUAUCCCCUUCUUUACUUCCAGACUUGGUCAUGAGCUUUAUGUGUUCCACCGUGCGGGAUUGCUCAAGUCAUUUAAUGUAAGAAAGGCAACAACUGAUGACCUCCUUGCUGUCAAAAUGCUCGUUCAAACCCUUAGCUUGAAUGAAAGUAUACUGAAUGACUUAAAGAUAUUUACUCUGGCUCGCAGGGAUCCGGAUGGGACCCCAGUGCAGGCUUUCAUAGCAGAAGUUUUGGAUCAAAUAGUUGGCGUUUCUGUUAUUAGAGACGAAAUGGAUAUUGAGUAUAUUCGAUCACAUUACAACAUUGAAGAUUUUAUUCAUUUUAAUCACCACCAGCAAGAGGAGCAUGGACAUCUUUUCCAUUUUGUCUUAAAUCCUAUAUUUCGUCACUAUACAAAACACUUCCUAAAGGAGAUUCUUCGCUUGGCCCACAAAUCUUCUCUUUACUAUCCUAUUUAUCCACAGUAUGUGGAAGGCAAGUUUCAGAAUCCCUGUGCCCAUUCCCUGACAUCUGCCCUUCAUUACAUGGUUCCCGUGCGACCAAGACGACAGAUUGUCUAUCCUCUGGAAGAGCUUGGCAUAAACGCUCCAUCAGAGCAGGUCUCCAAGGAUCAGUUGAGUUAUUCUUUGAACCACAUAAACCGAAAGCUGGUACUGGAUUCUAAAGCAUCUAUCAACACUAGAAUUGUGGUGGUUGGUGCAUCCGAUGUCGGAAUCUCUUUUCUGGAAACACUCAUUUUUUGUCCACAUCUGAAGUUCAACAAUCUGACCUUGAUUUCAGUUCAUGGCCUUCCAGGAAAAGACCUACCGGGCUCCAAACAUAGAAGAUUUUUAAUUAACAGCCACUGUUUUAAUGAUGAAGAUUAUGCACAGAUGUCACUUUGUUCCUGGGUUAACGUUGUGGUUGGUAAAAUGACUGGCAUAAAUCGCGCUGCCAAAUAUGUAGUUGUUUCCAACGAGAAAGAAGUACCAUAUGACUACCUUGUUCUCUGUACGGGACAGAAAUACCAGGUCCUGUCCCCCACUGGAGCAGAUAUCAGUAAACUCCCAACUAACAAAGAAGUCAUGAGCAAGUGGCCACAAAGAUACACAGGGAAAGUCCCUUCCAAUCAUUUUACUCUCAGUGAUGACCAGGACUGCUUAAAGGCAAUGCAGUGGCUGAAAGAAAACGUUGUCAACUCAGAAGGGAACGUCAUUGUCUAUGGGAAUACAAUUGACAUUUACACCACGGUAGAAACCCUCUUAUCUCUUGGAAUUGAUGGUUCUCGCAUACAUCUCGUACAGCCUCCACUCAGCUCAAAUGUUACUUGCCUUAACAACAACGAAAUCGAAAGUGCUGUUCAGGAGGCACUGUCAAAGGCUGGCGUGUCUGUUUAUUAUGACAGUAUCCUGGCACAGUGGAACGAAGGCGACGACCCAGACCCUAUCACAUGUGCUGCUUUCACUACUAAUACAAAACCAUUUAAAUUGCAGUGUUCAGCAUUUUUUAGCUUUGCCUACAGGGCAGUGGAUUAUGAAACCUUUAAGGCAAUUAAUGAUGCUUGCCUUGUUUUUGAUGGAAGACUUGUGAUCGAUACCGAAUUCCAUACUAAUGAUGUCAGUAUCAGGGCUGCAGGUCCUUUAACAAAGUACUCCAGGAGUUAUUAUGUAGAUGAAUGGACACACAGCAACUUCAAUUCAAAAGAGAUUGGCUUUGAGCUUGCUGCAUCUAUGCUGAAUCUCUUUGAUCCAACCCCUAAGCCCUUUUCUAAACCACCAGAAGGCACAGAUAGGCUCAUCCCCAUGUACAAAGGGUGUAAAAUUAAAGGAGGUGUUCUUCCUGGAGGUUAUAAUUACCUGCAUAUUUCCAAACCCGAAAUCCCCAUCCGCUUGGACUUAGAACUUGCACUGUGUGAUCAUGGGAUGGAGAUUAUAACCGGAGAGGCAAGACAUGGGAAUUAUUUCAGGAUGCAUAUGAACAAAUACAGUAUGGUAGAUAGCAUCACCUGCUUUUCAAAGGAACCCUUCCCUGUCUCUAACUACAUUUGCUUGUACGGACAGCAUGAGCGUCUUCUUAAUGAUCUUCAUUAUCGCUGGAACAAAGGGCAGAUUACAGAUCUUUACAGCUACUUCAGAGAAUCUUGGUCCAUGGCCAUCUAUCACGAUCGGUUUAUUGAUCUCAAGAAGGAACUGCGCCAAAUCCUGAUGUCGGAACAGGUGCCCGGGCCGCCCCCCGCCGCCGGGACGCCCCCGCGGGACGCCGAGGAGCGCAGCCCCUGCCCGCCACCGCUGCCGGAGCCCGUCCGCCGCUACCUUCGCCGCCACCGCGCCCAGCUGCCCGUCUACGCGCCGGCCCCGCCGACGGCAGCUUGGAAGCCGAGAGCGCCUGAAGCCGGUUCCCCGCCUUGUCUCUGCGCUCCACGUGCCUUACCCGUGGCCUGAGGACCACGGUAGUUUUAGGCAAACUUAAUUUUUCAAACCUUUUCUCAUGUGACAGGGAAGUUGGUUUAUGGAAGGUAAUUUAAAGCAGGGCAAAGACUCUGCCUGCGCCGCGGGGCUGCUGGGAGGGCAGCGCCCGAGGCCUGGCGGGGUUUGGCGAUGGCCGGCAGGAGGAAUGGCCCGUUCAGCGUCACCCAGAGGGGUUUGUUAUUUAUCGGGGUAAGGAGCCAAGGCACCAUUUCUUGGCUGAUUUUGCAGGUUUUCCUAAGUCAGUUACAUCUAUCGCAGUGAGUUCAAAGAAAAAAAAACCCAAACCUGAGGAAAAUGCCAAACAUCUGCAUGGGCUGGUGGCUUAGACUUUUGACCUGGAAAAUUUUAUUUUAAUUAUACAAAUACACGAAAUAUAGAAUUUAUUAUCUAUAAUAAAUUAGAAUUCUACAUAAAAUGUCAAUUAUAUUCCUUUUAUGCCUAUAAGCAUACUUCAUAAUAUGUAGUACAGUAUAUCACACAUAAUAUAUUAUAUUAACGUGUAUUAUAAUAUAUCCUAUUUCAUAAUAUCUAAUGUAUAGGAUAAAGUCUACUGCCUAUUAGAUAAUGCAUAUUAUAAUACAUUAUAUACAGUGCAUACUAUUAUAUAUGCAUGUGUCACUACUGAUACAUUAUCAACAUUCAGAUAAUGAAAUAAUAUUGUCUCAGGAAUUUUCAUUAGCUUUGUAGGACUAUACUACGGAGUGAAGCGUGUGCAUUAUAUAAUGCACUGUUGGGUAUGCACAUGUGUACGUACACAUAGAGGGGUACGCAUAGGUGCACAUAUGUAUGCGUACAUAACACCUAUUAUACAUACAUGUUAUGCAGAAUCUAUAUACAUGCAUAUAUAUAGUGUAUUAUAUGCUGUAUUGUACCUGGGGCAUCAAGUAUUCUGUGAUGGAAUUAUAGAUGC